CGGGUGUCAUCCUGUACUAGACCUGUUGUCAUAGGUGGUCAGAGAGCAGCUCGUUAGUCUCCUUCAUCAACCGACUUUCGACAACAAAAGAUAAACCAUGAGCGGCUGGUUGGAUCAGGCAAACAUCCAAGACUCGCCGACUAUGGGAAGCAAAGAUGCGGAAGAGGCCGCUGGGAAUGAUGGGAUAUUACAAAGGUGACAGCAAUCACUGGACGACCUACGACUGGUACCGGCCGGACACCAGGCCAGCCAGUAGACAGGGCAGCGAUGUACACAGAAGGUGUGCUGUGACCCCGGCGUCCUCUUCGCCGAUGACAGUGGAGGUCGACUAUGACGAGCUGUCAGAUGAUGAGAGGCGAAGGCACCGACGACGCAGAGGGAACCAUGGCGCCCCCGCAGGAAGUGAGGAGAAUGAAAAAGGUCUCUCGCCGAUCUUCACGAGAUUUGCCGAGAACUGCUCGAUGCAGGGUGCCCUCUACAUCCUAGUCUCCAGUUCGUUGUUCUCCAAGACAGUUUGGAGCCUGCUUCUGAUUGCCGCCAUCGGUGUGAUGGGUUUGCACCUGUACCAACUGUUCUGUACCUACCUGGCCUACCCGACCACCAACAGCAUCUCGCUGGGAUUCUCCAGCCUGCAGUUCCCCGCCAUCACCGUGUGCAACGUCAACGCCGUGCGCAAGUCGCAGGUGUCGAUGCUGUCGGAGAAAUUCCAGAGCUUGGUCAACGCGUCCUCUCCAGACAACCUCGCCAGCUCCGUGCAAAACCAGGCGCCCUCCUCCAGCCACGGAAACAACCGGCGCCGGAGGAAGAGAGAGGGAGACAGCGGGGAGCAAAGCUUCUCCCUGGGUGGCUACAACUUCGGCCUCAACCUUGAUGACUACAACGAGCGAGAGAAGCCCACCAACAACUACUACAAGUCACUACCCGGCUACAGCAGCUCGUGGGAGAGCGAAGGUGAAGAUGCUACCUUGUCCACCAUGAGCUCGACAUUCCAGGAACUCCUGGCCUCGGAGUCAAGAGAGCUACGACUGAAAGUCGGUCAUCAGAUCAGCGACAUGCUGGUCAGCUGCGCCUUCUCGGGAAAACAAUGUCAUUCAGAAAAUUUCACCAGCCUCACGUCCUCCACCUUCGGUAACUGCUUCACCCUGCAGUAUGACAAGUUCGUCAGCAAGGCCAGCGGACCGAGUGGAGGUCUGGAACUGAUCUUCUUCGUGCAGACGGACGAGUACAUCAGGGGCUGGACGGCAGAUGAAGGGGGGCUGCAGGUAGUGGUGCACCCCUACAACACCAUGCCCUUCCCUGAUGACGAGGGUUUUGCUGUGGGCGGAGGGUCCGGCACCUUCGUGUCCAUGAGAAUGGUUAACGUGGACAGGAAGGGGCCCCCGUACGGCACCUGCACCGACACAGAUUCAUUUUUCAAGAAAUAUAAUGUCAUCUAUACACGACAGACAUGCCAGAAGAUCUGCGAGCAGUCGGCUGUUCACUCCCUGUGUGGGUGUCGGGAUGAGACCCAGGACCAGCUCAACUUUCUCAUGGACGCUCUGAACCUGCUGCCAUGCCGGAACAUGACAGAAAUGGUGUGCAUGAAAGCAGCCCAGUGGAAUUAUUCCCAAGGCUUGAUAGACUGCCCCUGCAACAAUCCAUGCUCGGACACAAAAUACGAAAAACUUGUCUCUACGACCCUGGCCUCAGUCAUCCUUUGCGGACCUGCUGGUGCAGACGAUAUGCCGCAAGAAAGGGUCGUCGGUGUGUCAACAGCUGCAGAGCAAGCAGACGGACGCACGGGCGCUGUCGUACGUGAGCGGCUGGCGGCCUACGUGACACACGAGUUCCUGAAACUGAACAUCUUCUUCGAGGACCUGAACUACCAGAACCUCUCAGAGGAAGUGGCAUAUGAGGAUGUACAGUUCCUGUCUGACGUGGGUGGGUCAGUGGGACUGUGGAUCGGUCUGUCCAUUCUCAGCAUCUUUGAGAUCCUGCAGCUGGCCGGAGAACUGAUGGGUCACUUCCUGUGCUGCAAAUGGCGGGAACCAGUCAGUCCUCGCUGAGACAUGUUGCAGGUUGCUAUGACCACCAGAACCUUCCUCCCCCGGCACACUUCCCUGCAGACCUCGCCACCAACAAACAGACCCUGCACUUCGUGUUCGUCAUUUAUUCUUCUUUAUGCGUCUGCGGCAAAUGUAGACUUUUCUUCGGAGAGUGGAUUCCACGGUAAUUAAAAAAAAAAUACAUAAAAACUUCAUUUAAAACUGUUUUUCCGUCUCGUGCAUCCUCAGACAUUAGGAGAAUGUUAAUGGACAUAAUCGAUUUGCAUGUUUCUCUUCAAUGGAAACAGUUAGGCAAUCACAGAAACAAACAUUGCUGUGGAUGUUUUGGGGCAUUGGAGUCGACACAAGAGAUUGUCUAUAAACUCAUCUCCUGGGAUGAAAGGAUGUGUGCACAGCAUGGCGGUGUAAUUUUGUUCAGCGAAAUUUGAGCUGGUGGCAUGGCAAGCUCCCCUUCCAUGUUAUUCCCUUGAUGGAUGGAGGAACUAUUGCGUCGGUUGUCAACGGACCUCUGAAAACAUUCCAGCUCAUCACAUAAAUCCUACUGCAUCUCUUUCAGAAGUCGCCGCAACUUUGCAAAAAAAAAAGAAAAAAAAAAAAAUUACUGUUCCUUAUUCCCAAAUCUUUGUUUUAUUUUGCCUUACUUGCAAUCUAGACCCUCUUCAACUUUUCUACCUCUGCGGUCGUAGCUCUGUUAUUGUGUUGUUUACAUUUAUUCUGGUUAUGGCUAAUGUGUUAAAGACAACACAGAUUUCAGAUUAGGUGUCGGUGACAUGUUUCAAUCUUGUAUAUUGUUAGUGUUAUGGCUGAAACUGGUCUCGUCUAUUAGUUUCAAAGCUAGUCGUUAAUAUUGUAGACAUGGCUGUCCUCGAUCAUUGAUAUGUUUUCAUUAUCAUCUAGCCUAUAUCUGUACUUAAACCAUAACAUAUUCCACGGGAUCGCGCUUUAAAAUUUUAAACUGAGAUUGCAUCUUGUCGACUCAUAGUUGUUUUAGAAGUAAUGCUUUAGCUAUAUUCCCAGGUUUAAAAAAAAUUUUCAAUGUUUUCAUCUUUUUUUGUGACAAAGUUUGUGUUUAGACUGGUGUUCUGUCUUCUUUCAGCAACUCUAACUGUACCAUAGUGACGUCACUGUUUUCUGUUGCUACAGUGGUUGUAACUAAAUUGCAGAAUACUCAAGUAAAUGUGCUUGUCCUUCGUUACAGUUGUUCUGAACUGCGCAAUAAAGACAUACCUGGGAAAGUAAAUAUCUGCUGAAAUAGUAAUUUAUUUAAAAAACCCAGAAUCUUUGUUCACAUUGAAGCAGUUGGAAGAAGUUUGAGAGGUUAAAGGUCUAGUGGGGUGUAAUUUUUUUUCUAAUGACUGAAUAAUGCUCAGUGCAAGAUACAACUUUCAAACACCUGGGUAAACAUCACAUUUCAGUUCUCGUGACACCUCCAGUGAUCAAGAGGAAGAAAAUAGA